AUGGCCGUUCCGUUCGGAUUCUCUGCGGGUGAUUUUAUGGCGGCAAUCCACCUGGUUCAUGAGAUCAGCACAGCUUUACGCGAAACGGAUGGUGCGAGCUCGCAGUACAAUCAGACUAUUGGUCAGCUACAAGGCCUCGAGAGAUUACUGCGAAGUGUGCAAAGUGCCUACUCUGCAGACGUUGAUCCUCAACAGCUCGAAAUGUUACAAUUACUUGGACAUCAAUGUCACAUCCCGCUCAACAAGUUUUUCUCAAAGAUCAAGACUUUGGAGCCCAGCCUUGGGAGUCUCGGUAUGAAAAAUGAUCGUAUCUUCGACCGGGCUAAAAGAGCUACACGCAAGGUAAAAUGGGGUGUUCAAAUAAGGAAAGAGGUAUCAGAGCUUAAUGCUGCCAUGGGGGGUUGGAUUAACGCGAUCAACAUGCAAUUGCUUCUAAUCAACUUCGAACGGCAAGAGAAAGCUGGAUCUCCACUUGAGACCUCUCUGCAGCCCUUGGACGUGCUCAACUCCGAGAUGAACAGUUUUCAAAACCACCUCGAUGCACGAUUCGGCUCUCUUGCUACAACGACAACUGUGGACAACAUCGCGCAAACCCUCCAAGACAUGCGCCUAGAAGCUGUAAACGAUCGCAAUACACAAAUGGACACUAUCCGCAAACACAUCGAGAAUCAUAUGGGUCGUUUCGACACGGGUCUCUCGCAGCAAGUAUUAGAAUCGAUCAAACUACUCGAUUCUAAGGUCGAAGAACAUCUAGCUCGAUCAAUAAUAAGCACGACCCCGAACACGGCAAUGCCGAGCCCAGUGUUCCGACCGUUCAUACCUGCCGAUCCUAGGUUAUCGUUCCAGGAUAAUACCGCGAUGCAGAGAGUCGAAGAUCAACUCGCCGCACAAACCCGCCUACUGCAGCGACUCGAAAAGAGAGAUAUGAAUCCUCAGUCUGCAAACCCACUAUUUGGAAUAAAGAGCAACGGUAUGAUACAGAGUGCCCAACGUACCAUCCGGCAAUCUAUCCAGACCAUGCUGAGCUUCUUCGGAGCUGGAGUAAAUGCUCUGUUAAUGAAGCUGUGCAUCGCUCUGCCAGUUAUCCAGCACAUCCUCAGAACUCUGCGAGUACUUCCUCUUCUCAUCUCUAUCCCCAUCUCAGACAGCAUACUGUUUGAAGAUGCUUUGGGUCGCAUAGUACAUCUUCCAUACGUACAUUUUCGACACUAUGCGGUAUUCAUGGCACGCUUGCGAUGCGAAUUUGAGAACGCUCCAGGCGAGCAAAAGGUGCUUCUAGAACAAUUCCGCAUAUUUCGGCGGAAACAUUUCGACGAGUUUCUCACCAAAGAUAACUGGGAUAGUGCUGUCCGUCCAGGCUCCAAGAUAGCCAUGUCGAUUCAGCUGGACAGUUACGAUGAUGAAGGCGUCGCAUGUCCUCGAUGCGAAAACAUUAGGACUGACAUGAACACGAAAGAUCUUUCGCAAUGCACCGUCUGCGGUUUGAGCUGGACUUUGCAAAAGUUUAACCUUCUGGACAUGCUAUCAAACGCAAACCGCGUCCACGAAGCCACAUCAAGUACAUCAUUGCAACGAGAUACGUUUGAGGUGGCGGAAAAUGUGUCUUCUAGCUCAUCUACAUCAUCGCCAAAUCAUCUCGAAGCUGCACUACCUUCACGUGUCAAUGAAGGUAUCGAAAGCUUCAAGAUGGUCCAUAUCCAGUCACAAAAUGCCAGCGCCCAACCGUAUCAACCUCGCGGCUUCAGAGAUUUCACAGUUGAUUUUGCUCUUUGUGCAAUGAUACAACAAAGUAUUCCCCCCCGGCAAGGGUCAAUAUAUAUGUUCUGGCGCGAAGACUCUCCCCAAAUCGUAAAGAUUGGUGCUAGUCGGCGUGCCGUCGAGGAACUCUUACGAGGCUUGAACCAUUUCGGCAUUGGGUUCGCGCCUCUACAAAAGCUGAUAGAGGAGGACUCCCAGUCGUAUCUAGAGGAUGACAAUUAUACUUCUGCUUGGAAGUCUCUGAUCUCACUGCUCGAUAAACCUUACUGGACGAGAGUCUGGAUCCUGCAGGAGACGGCUAUUAACCCGAAUGUGCUGUUGAAGUUUGGUGAUAGCUCUAGUAAGCAGCAGAUUGCUUGGCGUGAGCUACAUCCCGACGCCGAAUGGGAAGGGUCAAUGAUGCAGAAAUUCGACGCCAUUCCGAACAACGUCUAUAAUAUGGGUCACCUACCGCCUCUAGUUCCUUUGACUGCGGAAGAAUUCCAGCCGUUACUGCAAUCUCAGAUCUGCAAUGGGCCUCUCGUGUCCAAUUCCCUCGACUACGUUUACGGUAUCAUUGGUCUCUUCGAUAUCCCAAUCUUGCCCGUCGACUACAGUCUCUCACCACGGGACCUGUUCCUCAAAAUCGUCGAGAUCGUCCAACACCGGAGCGGCAAAUUGAUUUCUUAUCCUGGGUAUGGGGGAACUAUGCGCAAAAUAGUUCAAUCUUCCCCAACCAGCACAGCAUACCCCGUUGGUGUAUUGACUUUUCUUAUCGAAUGA